AUUGGGACUCAACAUCUAAUUCUAAUUAUAAUUUGGUACAGUCAAAGUCUGGGAGACGUCAAGAUGUUUCUACAUAUCCAUAUCACAGAGGAUAUUUGUGGGCCACAGAGAUUGGAUAUUCUAAAUUACAUGCUGACGUAGCAGCAGGAGGGUUUCAAGGUUUGAUCUUGUUGUCUGGAAAAAAACUUACACUGCACUUGAUGCAAUGUUCUCAUACGUGAGAGACUUCCCAGACCAAAACUCUGUCAGCACUUUGACAUACAAGUGCUACAUUAAGAUAGUCGGUUCCACGCACUUAAAUAAAAUAAGCACAACAACAGGACAUACAAGUUCACUCGCUCAUGGCAAAAGACAAUUACUCUUUUCCAAGCAAAAUAUAGCUUCUUUAUUUAUGUAGGUACUCUGAAGGUCAGUCUCACUGGCCAAAUAUCUGGACAACUGAGUUUUAAUGCAUUCAUUGGACGUUUGGAUAAUGAUGUUAACAUGAAGGCAUCAGCUAAGCUUGAGACAGGACCUACUCUAACUGUUAAAGGAGAGGCUACUGCUAGAGUAUUGGUCAAAUACAAAUUAGGUAUUGUAGUCUCAGCCUCCAUAUCCUAUACCAUAAAUCCAGAAGCAUCAACUUCAAUCUGUGGCUCAUCAUCACAGGCUAAUGCAUGCUUUGAAGUAUAUGGUACAACUAAAGGAAAUAUCAAUGUUUAUGCAUACCGGCAGUCUAGGAAAAUCCGGUGUAAACGGUUUAAGUGCAAGAAGUCUUGGGGAAGAAAGAAGAAAUAUAGUAAACUAUCACGUACUUGGAGCCUAGCAAAUAGAAAAGAUAAAUUGUUUGGUCUGUGUUAUGCUUGUAAUUGUACUGGAAGCCACCCCCUCAAUGUCCUUUGCAAGGGUAGCAGGUAUGGAGCCUCACGAUGUUCCUGUUCAACAAGGAGUUCAAAAUGAUAUUCUUCAAUCAUCAUUGAAAGCUGAUGUGAUCAUUUUUAAUGGACUCCUCUUUUUUGUAGUUGAGUUUAAGCUUUUUAUUAGUGUAGCAUAGUUAUAAACAUUUUCAUUUUUUGUAAACAAUGAAUCACAAAGAUAUCCAAGUAAAUCACCAGCCAUUAUACAUACACACUGCAGUGACUGCACAAAGACCCUGCAUGCAUAAAAAAUGGCUGAAAGAAUUUUCCAUAGGAAUUUAAUGGUCAAUUUUGUUGUGUCUAUACACACAUGUAUCUUUACUACAUUUUUUGAAUUUA